AAUGCUUAGGCAGGGAAGGCAGGGAAGGCUGGGUUAUAAAAAACGGAUCCAAAACCCAGAAGCAAGGCAGACGCUUACAGCUAGAAGGCCGAAGGAGAAAAAUGCUAUGCCUCUCCCAAAGGAGGCAAGGACCGACUCAUGACCUAGCAGAUCCUAGCCCAGCCAACCCACAACCCCUCCUCAUAUUUCACCACCUACACCGUGAAAAAUGAAGAGCAUGGCAAGCUCAGCUCCUCAGCGUAUAGCCGCCAUCGUAGGCGUCGGGCCGAAGCUGGGCCGCUCCAUAGCCCGCAAGUUCGUCCACGAAGGCUAUACCGUCGCUAUUCUCGCCCGCGAUCUCGGGAGGCUCUCGAAAUUCGCAGACGAGAUCGCCAGGGAAGAGAAGGCCCAGGUUUUUGCCAUUAGGAUAGACUGCUCCGAGUCUAGAAGCGUGAGGGAGGCAUUUGAAGGGGUUUUGUCUUUGGGUUUUGUGGAGGUGCUGGUCUACAAUGCGUACCAGCAGCCGCCCAAUUGGCACCCCACCAACUUCACCGACAUCCGCCUCGACUCGUUUGAGAAGUCCCUUACCGUUUCUUCCGUCGGAGCCUUUCACUGCGCUCAACAGGUGCUUCCGGGAAUGGUGGAAAGAGGAAGGGGGACAAUUUUGUUUACGGGGUGUUCAGGUUCACUCAAGGGCAUUGCUGGCCGUUCUGAACUCUGUUGCGGAAAAUUUGCAUUGAGAGCAUUAUCACAAUGUUUGUCGAUGGAGUUUCAACCGCAUGGGAUACACAUAGCGCAUGUAAUCAUUGAUGGUGUGAUUGGCCCACCUCGAGGGGGCCAAUCAUCAUCGAGUGCUUCACAGAGGACGACGACGUUAGGUACAACGCCAAUAGGGGUUGACGUGAUAAUGGAUCCCGACGCGGUGGCUCAAACCUACUGGCAGUUGCACGUCCAAGACCGGAGUGCUUGGACCCAAGAAAUCGACCUCCGUCCAUCUAACCCCCCCAAAUUCUGUUAGCCAAUUAAUGUCAAUUAUUAAAGGGGUCUACAUAAUCUUGUGAUCAUAAUUACUUAAUCAUGAUUAUGUUAUAAUUCUUUUUAUUUCCUCAGCCUACUUUAAGAAGAAAGAGUUAUGAAGCCAGUUUCCAGGAGCCACUUGACCUAGCAAGUAGCAAGGGACAUGCUGGAGAGGGAGGUCCUAAUCUAUCUUCCAAGUGGCCCGGAAACAGUAGGGUCCAGCUUAAAGAUGAGAGUGGGGCCCCUCAUGUUUCUCUACCAUUCCUCCCUCUCCUUUCAUAACCAAACCCUAAAUCCAGUAUAAGAAAAGCGUGAAUAAGAAUAUUUUCUGAGACCGCGUUUGGUGUCUGGGAUUGAAUUGCUUUCGUUGUGUACAGAGUGUGAUAAUUUUGUAAUAAUUAUGUUUGUGUUAAUGUGAUUUAUGAGAUUAUACGUA